AUGACCAGAUCCUGCCAGAAUGCGACCGGCCUCUUCGAACUCCGCGGUGUGAAACCUGAUCUGUCCCCCGGUUUCCUUCCCUCGCCCCACGUUUCGCAGCUCCAGCGCCUCACGUCCACCGCGCGAGCCCGUUCGGCCCCGCCCCACCCUGGCCUAUUGCCCGCCUGGCAGAGCUGGGUUUUAAGGCAGCUCGGAGGCUGCUCUGACGCACUAGUGGUAAAGAGUAGCCGCGCUGGUGGCUCAGCACGGUGUCCCGAGUGCUGCAGCCCACUGCCGAGCGAACUCGGGCCCUCAUGCUACUUCGGGCUGCGCUGUCCAACUUCCAGGGGUGGCGUAAUUGACGAUAAACCCCGCCCCGCCUCUAGGAUCUCCGUCCGUGGAGAGGGCGGGCCCUCAAGUCUGGCGCAGGACUCUCAUCCUUCCUUCCGGUGGGCGCAGCGCUGGGCGCCUAGUGAGCAAUCACAGGUCACGUCACGUAGCAGCAGCCAAUCGGAAAGACAGGGGGACUCACGGACGAGCACUAGGUCGCUCCUCCCUCUGAGUUGCCGGGUGGUUCGGGGGUUUUGUUGUAACUGGCUUUUUCUCCUGUUUUCUCUCCCUGUGGUUAAAUCUAGUGCCAUCGCUGUUCUUGUGAGGCCCGGCCUGAGGAUGCGAAGCGGAGUGGCAGGACGAACGCUGAGGAAUUACAUUCUUAGAGAUGUCAGAGGAAGAUUCCUGGGUCUUGGAAAAUGACCUGAAUAUGCAGAGGAGAAAGCCGUGGAGAUUUGAAAUUACUGGUGACCAAAGGUAAAGGCGAUUCUGAAUUUUAGACCUUUUCAGCUAAUUCAUAAGUUGUACAUUUUAUUUUUUGGAUAUGGAUUGGGGCCCUCUAUUACUUAUAUACCACUAUGUAACAAAUUACCCAAAUCUUAGUAGUUUAAAGUAACAAACACUUAUGGUGGGGGUUGGGGGACAUCUGCUUCCAAACUGUCUCACUUGGCAUGUCUCAGGUUUUGUUUUUGUUUUUUUAAUCCUCACUGGAGGAUAUGUUUAUUGAUUGUGGGGUGGGGGCAGAGACAGAAAUGUCAGUGUGUUUCCUCCCAUACAUGGACUAAGCAGGGAUUGAACCUGCAGUCUGGGUAGUAUGUGCCCUGACCAGGAAUGGAAUAGGCAGCCCUUUGCUUUGCAGAGGGUUCCCAACCAACUUGAAGCACAGCAGUCAGGAUCCUCUUGCCUUUUUUCUUAAAGUUUUAAAACUUCUGAUCAUUGGAAACCUUGUCUAGUAACAAAAGCAUUACACAUAAAGCAAGGCAUAACCAGUUUUGGAAUGUACUGAAGUAUGAUUACUUUGUCCGUAGCAGGUCUGAUGGUGAGAGUAUGCCUGUAAGUUUCCAUAACACAAGCUGUGCAAAGUAGAUAGAUGAUAUACUUGAGAUGAUCUUUGUUGUGGGUUUUUUCUGAUCAGUGAAAUUAGGGCUCUCAUCUCUUCUACCUGAGAGAAUUGAAAUGUAUAGAAAUGUGCAUGUGUUAUGUAUUAUUUUUAAAAAUGGCUAAGCACUGAAAACCUUAUGCCUAGA